GUUCCCCUCCUGCAGGGUUUAGGAGCCGUUGCUGUGGACGGAGAGACGGGGACGUGAGCGGCCAUUGAGGGCGACCAGGGUGCCGGUGAGCUCCACCCCUUCCAAUCUGCUCGGUGUGUGGGCUGAGCUUCGAGGGGCUGAGCUUCGAUGGAGGACCACAUGACGGGGCACGACAAGGAGAAGCGUUAUGAGUGCGACGUGUGUGGCAAGGCUUUGCGGUACCCAAGCCAGCUGGAGAACCCAACGGCGGCUGCACACGGGAGAACGCCCCUUCGACUGUUUGGACUGCGGCAGGAGCUUCAAGACGGCGCGGGACCUGAAGGACCACCGGCGGGUGCACACAGGCGAGAAGCCCUAUGGCUGCUCCAUCUGCGGCAGGGGCUUUGCCCAAUCGUCGGGGCUGAUGCGGCACCGGCGAGUGCACAGCGGUGAACGUCCCUUCCCCUGCCCGUCCUGUGGCAAGGGCUUCAUCCGCCUUGACCACCUGCGAGUCCACACCGGCCAGCGCCCCUUCAUUUGUUAAGGUCCCAUAUAGGAGAUUAGUGGGCAAAAUUAGGGCACAUGGUAUUGGGGUUAGGAUGCUGACAUGGAUAGAGAAUUGGUUGGCAGACAGGAAACAAAAUGUAGGGAUUAACGUGUCCCUUUCAGAAUGGCAGGCAGUGACUAGUGGGGUAUCGCAAGGCUCGGUGCUGGGACCGCAGCUAU